UCGUCUACAGUUAUUUCCUGUCAGUGGUACCAGUCAGACAGGAUUGAUUUUGGAAAAUGCGGGCGUUUCUGUGGAAUUUGUCCUAAAUUUAUUUUGCCCCUUUUACCAAAAAAAAGACACAGACCUAAACAUCAAUGCUUACGAAGGUAUAAAGUAGCCCGUCCCACUAGUCUGGACACGAGGCUGAGCAGGUGAAGAUGAGCCUACACAGUGCGAGUGGAGGCUGUGAGAGCUCAAGGGACCGGCGGCGCUCCAGUGAUCGUUCACGCGACUCCUCUCACGAGCGGGGCGAAGGCCAGCUCACCCCCUGUAUCCGCAAUGUCACCUCACCCACAAGACAACACACUAGUGAACGGGAGGGUGGCUCGUCACGGCCUAACAGCCCCAGGCCUCAGCGAGUCUCUCCCAGUGGCUCCAGCAGUCGCAACAGCAGCCUGUCCAGCACGGAGGGUACCUUUAAGAGCAUGGGCAUAGGUGAAAUGGUGUUUGUGUAUGAAACCGCCAAGGAAGGAGCUCGUAGCAUGCGCACCUCAGAGAGGGUCACGCUCAUUGUGGACAACACGCGCUUUGUGGUGGACCCAACCAUCUUUACCGCACAACCGAAUACCAUGCUGGGCCGAAUGUUUGGUUCAGGGCGAGAACACAAUUUCACACGGCCCAACGAGAAGGGGGAGUACGAGGUGGCAGAGGGGAUCAGUUCCACUGUGUUCAGGGCCAUUCUGGAUUACUACAAAACCGGGAUAAUCCGCUGUCCUGAUGGAAUCUCCAUUCCUGAGCUGAGGGAAGCAUGCGACUAUUUGUGCAUCUCUUUUGACUACAGCACGAUCAAAUGCAGGGACUUAAGUGCACUAAUGCACGAGCUGUCGAAUGACGGUGCGCGGCAGCAGUUUGAGUUUUACCUUGAAGAGAUGGUCCUGCCGCUGAUGGUGGCGAGCGCUCAGAGCGGAGAGAGAGAGUGUCAUAUUGUUGUGCUCACAGAUGAUGAUGUGGUGGACUGGGAUGAGGAGUAUCCACCCCAGAUGGGAGAGGAGUAUUCACAGAUAAUAUACAGCACAAAACUCUACCGUUUCUUUAAGUACAUUGAAAACCGAGAUGUGGCCAAAUCAGUUUUAAAAGAACGAGGACUCAAAAAAAUUAGACUAGGCAUUGAAGGAUAUCCCACUUACAAAGAAAAGGUAAAGAAGCGGCCUGGAGGAAGGCCUGAAGUCAUCUACAACUACGUGCAGAGGCCCUUCAUUCGCAUGUCCUGGGAGAAGGAAGAGGGUAAGAGCCGACACGUGGACUUCCAGUGUGUGAAGAGCAAAUCCAUUACAAACCUGGCAGCAGCAGCGGCCGACAUUCCACAGGACCAACUGGUGGUGCUGCACCCCGGCCCUCAGGUGGAUGAGCUGGACAUUCUGCCUAAUCACCCUGCUCCAGGACAACACUACAGCAACAACUACGAGCCUGAAGCCGACGCUGCCUCGCCUGCACUCUGAAUGCACACCACUUCCUCCCCUCUGUUCUUCCUUUCCUCUCCCACAGCAUGCUGCAGCAUGGCGCGAGAGUGACACCGUUAACCAGAUUGCCUUCUGCACCUCCUUUCGCAGCCUUAGAGCCUCAACAAGCUAGUCUACUGUACUAUGAAAAUAAAAAAUAAAAAAAAUAACCUAAGAGGGGACUCGGGAUACAUGGGCAGUGCUUUCGUUUUUUGUUGUUGUUUUACUUGACCAAAGGAACUUUUUUUUUUUAUAUUUUUUUUUUGUUGAAAUGAAAUAAGCAAACCUCACUUAUUUUGUAAUUUGGCUUAUUAUUAUUAAUAUUAUUAUUACAUUAUAUUAUGGCAUUGAUUUAUCUUUUUUGAUAUGUAUCCUGAGUGGUGUCACUGUGUAAUUAUCAUUUAAUUUUUUUUUUAACUCUAAAAAGCUCUGUCGAUCCCGGGUCAAUGAUUCCCCUCAGAAGCUCCUUUGUAGCCAAAGGAGUUGUGUUUGCCUGUUGAAUGGAUGCAGUGUUACAUUUAUGUGGUCAGAACCCCACUGUUCAGAGCUUGAGUCAUUGUAUAAAUAAAGUUAUAACACACAGGCUUGUGUGGUAAACCUUAA